ACAAUGCAGAUUUUAAUUCUCUUUAUUUUGCCGGCUGUCUUUGGGGCAUCUGUUCCCGAAAAAAGAUUGCUCUUUGACACCUUUCUUAAUGGGGAAGAGGCCAGACAUCUAGUUGAUCAACUGGUGGAGUUACUUGCUACAGAUGACAACGAGGUUAAAUGUGAAUCACAUUGUCACACACUCAUUGCAAACCAACAGUCGGUUAUGCAGCAUUUAUGUCCCUUCCUGUGUCACUCAGCCCAAAAUGCACUGAACCACUUACAUAGCCCAAACACAGACCCAACUGUUACAGGAAAACGUCUUGUCCUCGAUAACUUCUUAAACACAGCAGAGACAGCUCAUCUUGUAGACCAGCUGGUGGCUAACCUGGGAACAGACGAGAACGAGGCUGCCUGCGAGAAAGAGUGUCACGUGCUUAUUCGAGAUUCUACAUCUGUUUUCCAACAUAUGUGUCCUUUCUUGUGUCACUCCGCUCAAGCUGUCAUUAACAGCAUCCAUCACACACCAAGUGGAUCUCCCACAAAAAGAUUUUUGGUCGACACCCUUUUGGCAAACCCAGAGGUCAAUGUCCUAGUAACAGGUUUGGUGGAUGUCCUUGGAUCGGACCCAACAGAGCAGCAAUGUGAGAGAGAAUGUGUCGUACUGAUGCACGCCGAUAAUGUUCUUCACCAUCUUUGUCCGUUUGUCUGUCAUUCAUUCCAGCAGUUGGUAUCUAAGAUCCAUUUGAAUGCACCAGCAUCCAACCCAUCUAAAAGAUUUCUUGUUGAUACCCUCCUUCACAACAACCCUGAUGUCGCCGUCCUUGUGAACACAUUGGUCCAGACUCUAGGAUCAGACCCCACAGAGGCUGCCUGUGAGUCCAAGUGUACCGUCGUCGUACACGCCGACAACUUCAUGCACUACCUUUGUCCUCUGGUUUGCCACUCAUUCCAGUCAUUGGUUCAGAAGAUACACAUAGAUGCUCCAUCUGGUUCUGUGAAAUGAAGGAGAUUAUCAUCCAACAGAUUAAUUGUGUGUAAUUAAACAACAUCUUUUUAAAUAAAUGAAAUUUUUCUGGGUAA